GCUUAGCUAUUUUGUCUGUCUACAUAAGCUGGCUACAUUCAAACUUGGACACACAUUCCUGAGGCCAUAUAAACUCUUGCCAAUAACCUGUGCUCGUAGUUUCUGUGCCCGACGUUCGUGUCAGCCUCGGAGGAUGUCUGAGGAAAGGCCAAACCAGUUUCAUCCAACACCUGAGCAAUUAGCUCUUGUGGAGGUGAGGCGGUUGAAGAAACUGGCCAAGAUGGAGAAGGCCAAGCAGGAAGAAGAAGAAAGAUCACGUAUACUCCCUCGAGAAUGGUUGUCAAUUCAACCACCUGCACCAGACGGUGUUUCUGUGAAGAUUAUGUCAUGGAAUUUGCUAGCCCAAUGCUUAAUUCGUCGCGAGUUGUUCCCGACGAGUGGGGACUGUUUGAAAGCAGCCCAGCGUGAGCAUAUGUUGUUUCGCGAAAUUCUCUCGCAUAAAGCAGAUAUUUGCUGCCUCCAGGAGGUUGAUCGGACUGAGAGGUUGUUUCCUGUGCUGGAAGAUGCUGGGUAUAAUUUCGUGUACGCUGCGGGUCCUCGCAAGCGGCAUGGCUGUCUUGUCGCAUUCCACAAGGAUGUCUUUUCCACCGUUCGUGAAAGGACUAUUUUCUAUGAUGAUCAAGAAGUUCGUGAAGCCUAUGAUAAAUUAAAUACACACGGGAGUAGCUUCAGGACGAGGAACAUAUGUUCCCUUGUUGCUCUCCAGCGCGCCGGUAGAGCGGACACUGGAGUGAUAGUAGCGACCACUCAUCUCUUUUGGCAUCCUGGAUACAUAUAUGAGCGCGCCAGGCAAGCCGGAAUCCUCCUUCGUGAAGCAGCGAAAUUCCGCCACGAACUUGGCAAAGACCAUUGGCCUUGUGUCAUCGCAGGCGCCAGUCUCUUAGACUUCAACUUUACGCCCGAGGACCCAGUAUACUCACUGCUCAUCGGUGAUAGCCUCCUUCCUGAACAGCGGGCACGUUUGGCUCCAUCGCGUGUGGUACACGUAACGAUCGACCCAAGCGUUCCUGUCACCACUGACAAGAUGAUGGGCGAUGAUGUGUUGAUCGAUGAAGAGGAAGGAGCGGAGACCGAUCCUGACAGAAUAAUCACCAAUGCGCGGGAAGCCCGUGAAGAAGACGGGCUAUUGGACGAUGUAGAGCUGACAAAAUUGUUCAACGAUACAGGUCAUGUAUUCAGUGCCUACGAUCGAGGGCUACGAUCAAGUGAAGGUGUCGAAGAGUUGACCUAUGGCUCGAGGGUAGCUAUGCAGCCGAGCAGAUCAGGAGGUUAUGAACCAUUGUGGACAAGCUAUACCCAUUAUUGGAAGACUGUACUAGACUAUAUCUUCGUAUUGGAGCCUGUGGAUCGGCCAGUGUUAGUUACUGGUCUGGCAAAACCUAUUUUCACUGCAGACCUAGAGCCAGGCCUACCGCAGAAGGGUAAAUGUGGCAGUGAUCACAUUUCACUCUGUGCAGAGCUAUCGUGGCCGGAGCCACAACCAACACCUUCAUCCUAAAAGUCCCCAGUGUAAUUUGUAGCAGACAGGAAUGUAAAAUCAUGUUCAUAAAAGAAAAAACCAAUGAGAUCAUGGAAUAUCAGGAAUGGUGGUACUCU